UAAACAUAGUUGAAGGAAAAAAAAUCAUAGAUGGGAACUUAAGAAUGGACUGACUCAGUAAGUUGAGAAAGCAAAAAAUGAAAAGAUAAAUUAAAGCAUGCAGCAUGGACGUAGACAUCAAUGGCAACGUGCCUCGGGAAGCCCUGCAACCGUGAUGUGUUCUAUGGAACCGUCAUCACAGUCAUAAUGUUCAUCAAUUCACGUGUGAAAUCACGGUGAAGGUGUGCAAGACGAGUCACCGAAAUGACAGUGCAACAUCCCAGCUUGUCAGCGUUCUGUUCCAUUCAAGCCCCCACCCAUCUCCCAGCCACCGCUUCCGAGGACAGGGCCGCCAAACGGAGACCCCGCAGCACCGCUCGCCCAGAGGAGGCGAAGCCCGGAGCGGUACCCACUGAGCGGCCCCUCCGCUGCCCUUGGCCGUGAUCUCUCGGCGCCCGGCUCCACGCGGCCCCGCUGCUCACCCUCUCAGCACUCUGCUAUCACAGCCAUUGCAUCACCGCGCCCGGCGCUCUGUGCUCUGCUCCGGGUGGGGAACGCGAGCUGCGCGGAACCAUCGUUCCGCGCCUCCAGUUCCUCCGUAACAGUCAGCGUUCGCCCCGCACCCCCACGGAGGGCCCGCAUAGAAGGUGGCCCGCAGGAGCACCCAGCGAGUCGCAAUCCGAACUCUUCCUUCCCACCGCGCUGUCCCGGCAGGAGUUGAGGGGGUGAUGUGUGGCGGUGCUGGUUUCCACCCGGCGCCAUUUUAAAGAGGGGCUGUCGCAGCGCAGCGACUUCCGGCGCCUUUCAGAUCAUCAUUUGGAGGAUUCCAGCACGAGAUUUCUGGAGUCUGCUGUAUCCAGCCAUAAUGAGUUCCUCACUGGUUGCUUAUGAUGAUUCAGACCCUGAGGCAGAAACUGAAAAAGCUGAUGAUCUCAGUACUAGCAGACAAGCAAGCCUUCCGAGUUCUUCUGCAAAUCCUGUUCAGCACUUUGCACCUGGUAUUUUGAGUACAAAAUCUACAUAUGAAACACAGCUUACUGAGAACACUGGCAAUUUUGACGUGAGCGUUGUUUGUGAAGAUCCCCCUGAGCAUUAUGCACUGAAUAAUAACAGUGAUUUGACAUCUUAUUGUAGGAGAGCGUACUCUAGUCCUACUGCAUUAUGUAUGCCCUACAAAAACUAUGAACAGACAUUGAGCUCUUCAAGAAACUCUGGAAAUGGUGCUUCCCAGAAGAGAACACAUAAAGAUAGUCCAACUGCCCCAAAAGGAAUUAGACCAUAUAUCCCUAAAAGAUUACGUCAAGAAAAUUCCAGUGCCUAUGAAAAAAAGGAGUCUGAUCAGAGCGAGAGCACCAGUUGUGAUGUGAAGCUAGAUAUAUCAGGAGAGCAGACAGUGAGAAAGAUAUCUGAAUUAAUUAAGCCAUAUUUAGGAUCCAGGUAUAAAUUAACUGAAGUUCCAAAAAGCUUAAUAUUUCAUAUGUCUAAACACAGCGGCCCUGUUAAUGCAAUCCAGUGGUGUACUGUACGAGAACAAAGUCAUAUGCUUCUCUCAGCUUCUAUGGAUAAAACAAUAAAGGUAUGGGAUGCUGUGGACACAGGUGGUUGUUUGAGGACAUUUUCCUGUCAUUCCUGUGCUGUCCGAGCUGCCCAGUGGUCAUCCUGUGGAAGAAGGAUCCUCAGUGGUGGCUUUGAUUCCAUGCUGCACCUAACAGAUGUGGAGACAGGGAGGCAAAUCAUCAGCAGUAAAAAUGAAUUUAGAAUCAGCACGCUUAAAUUCCACCCUACAGAUUCAAAUGUUUUCAUUUGUGGAGGAUUCAGUCCAGAAGUUAAAGCAUGGGACAUAAGGACUUGUAAGGUGACAAGAGUGUACAAAGCUGCAGUACAACAGACGUUGGAUAUACUCUUUCUUCCUGAAGGAAAAGAAUUUCUUACAAGCACGGACGCAGUGAGCCGUGACUCAGCUGAUCGUACCAUCAUUGCAUGGGACUUCCAAAGUGCUGCAAAAAUUUCCAAUCAGAUUUUUCAUGAGCGUUACACUUGUCCAAGUCUGGCUCUGCACCCAAGAGAGUCUACAUUUGUUGCUCAGACAAAUGGGAACUAUAUGGCAUUGUUUUCCUCCCAGCGACCUUACCGAAUCAACAAAAAGAAGAGAUACGAAGGGCAUAAGGUGGAAGGAUUUGCAGUGGGCUGUGAAUUUUCUCCAGAUGGAACACUUUUGGUAACAGGAAGUUCAGAUGGCAAAGUGUUUUUCUACAACUACAAUACUUCUAGGAUUGUUCGUACUUUGUCAGCACAUAGAGAAGCUUGUGUGAGUGCAGCAUUUCACCCAGUAUUGCCAUCACUCCUUGCAACUUCUGAUUGGGCUGGAGAAAUCAAGAUCUGGCAAUAGCAAGCAAAAUAACUUUUCAUUCAUCAAAGAGCUUGGUAUUUCAGACGGAAUAAACCAUGAUAUGCAAUGUGAUAUUUGUUGUGAUGUGCUGUAGGCAGCAGAGACUGUUAUCUUUUCUUCUUGGACCACUAGACAUAUGCUUUCAUAAUGCAUAUUAUAUGCAUUAAGAGGAUUCUGUGAUUAGCUGCUGAGCAAAUAAGUGUUCUCUCUCUGUCUCUCUCUCUUUCUCUCUCUCUCCCCCCCCUUGGGCCCUGGUGAUGAAUUUCUGCCCUUUUUGUGCCAAUAUUCUGGUGCUUAUCUAGUCCAACCCUGGUGUGAGAAUCUAGACUUGAAGAAAAUUAUUGUCCUUCUUAUGUAGCUUUUACUUUAGCUUUCUUAAACCGGAUUGUCACUGGCUUAGCUCCUUGCCCUGGUCACUCGUGCUGCUCAAGCAAUGCUAUAUUUCCUUGUUGAUAUACGGUUCAAGGCAAAAAACAUCAUCUUACAUGUGAGAGAGGGAAGAUCACAGGACAGGUGGGACUGGCUUUUCUGGAAAUAGGCAGAUAUUACCAGCCCAACUUCUUGUAAAAUGCUCUCUCAGUUUUAAGGGAGAAACUUGGAGCUAAUUAUGAAGUCUCUAAGUCUGUGCUCCCUAGAUUCCUAUAUUUAAGACUGAGUUUUGAACUCAAUUUUAUAACUGUAUAUUAUUGAAACAAAACUAUGUGUAAGUAUUUUUUUUAACGGGAAAAAAUAAAGCUUCUUUUAAUACGA